CACCACUUUUCACAGAGAAGAAAACCAAACAAGAAUCGGAGUUUAAAGGCAGACAACAAAACAAAGUUGCGUAAUAUAAGACGCGCGGGAAGCGAUUUUGGGGGGAUUCUCUUCCUUUUCAGACAAAGAGAGUAGAAAAGUGAAAGCGAAAAGCGGUUUUCUCCUGGGGAAGUAAAAGGCGGUAUUGCAACCGUUAAAGCGGUUUUCGGUUACGGUAUUUGGAUCUCGCGAUCGUUACGGAGAGGGAAAAAACAUUGUGUGGAAAAUUUUGUUCUAUUGGAAUCGAAGAGUCGAGCAGUUAAAUCGUGUUGAUUAUCUCUGUUAUUAAUCGUAAUUAUUUGGUUUUAUUUUGGUGAUUAACUGUACAUAAUAAGUGAAGUACUACAGCGAUUUAGAGGAUCUAUUUGGUUUUUUUUAAUUGCUUCUCUGCUACUGUUUCUGCUUGUUGACUCGGUGAGUUAGGGAUAGUUAAAUGGCGAAUAGAGUCGGAUCGCUUUCGCAGACGAAUAAUGUGUCCUCUGAAGGAAACGGAAGGGAUGAUCUGUAUACGGAGUUAUGGAAGUUAUGUGCCGGACCUCUGGUUGAGGUUCCUCGAGUUGAAGAGAGAGUAUAUUAUUUUCCACAAGGGCAUAUGGAACAGUUGGAAGCGUCCACGAAUCAGGAGUUGAAUCAGCGGAUUCCGUUGUUUAAUCUUCCAUCAAAGAUUCUUUGCCGUGUUGUUCAUAUUCAGAUGCUGGCUGAACGAGAAACAGAUGAAGUUUAUGCACAAAUAACUCUGUUGCCGGAACCGAAUCAACCUGAGCCAACAACUCCUGAUGCAUGCCCUCCUGAGCCUCAAAGACCUACAGUUCACUCAUUCUGCAAGGUUUUAACAGCCUCGGACACGAGCACCCAUGGAGGGUUUUCUGUUCUUAGAAAACAUGCCACCGAAUGCCUUCCUCCACUGGACAUGAACCAGGCAACGCCAACCCAGGAAUUGGAUGCAAAGGAUCUUCAUGGUUAUGAGUGGCGCUUUAAGCAUAUUUUCAGAGGUCAACCAAGGAGGCAUUUGCUCACAACAGGAUGGAGUACAUUUGUUACUUCAAAGAGAUUAGUUGCUGGUGAUUCUUUUGUGUUCCUAAGAGGGGAGAAUGGGGAGCUCCGUGUUGGAGUGAGGCGGGUAGCUCGUCAACAGAGCAGCAUGCCGCCAUCAGUGAUUUCAAGUCGGAAUAUGCACUUGGGAGUUCUUGCAACUGCAUCUCAUGCUCUUUCAACUCAAACCCUCUUCGUUGUCUAUUAUAAGCCAAGGACAAGUCAAUUCAUCAUCGGGUUGAACAAAUAUUUAGAUGCUCUUAAUAAUAAGUUCGCUGUUGGCAUGAGAUUUAAGAUGAGGUUUGAAGGGGAAGAUUCUCCUGAGAGAAGGUUUUCUGGAACAAUUGUUGGUGUUGAAGACUUUUCUCCUCACUGGAAAGAUUCAAAAUGGCGUUCACUGAAGGUACAAUGGGAUGAGCCUGCCUUUAUUCGGAGGCCUGACAGGGUUUCACCAUGGGAGAUAGAUCCCUUUGUUGCUCCAAUUCCACCCACUCUGACUCAACCAAAUGCAGCAGCUAAAAACAAAAGGCCUCGACCACCCACUGAAAAUCCUGCUCUAUACAUGCCAACAACAACAGCAUCAGCUCCUUGGAAUUCUGGAGUGAUGCAUUCCCGUGAUCCAAGUCAACAUAACGUUUCUGCCGAAGCUAAAAGAAAUGAGAAUCUUGUCCUGUGGCAUCACAUGCAGACAGAGAUAAACAGUAGUUGCAGCUCUGUCUCGAAGACUCGAAAUGAAGCAAGCUGGCUGCCUUCUGGCAUGAGUGUUUCUCAGCAUCCGUUUCCUGAUGCAAUAGAGGGUAGCAAAAGUGUGUCUGGUUGGUCUCUUCUUUCAAGCUUUUCAAAUCCGCAACUGAAGGAUGAUUCAACCUUUGAUCCAAUUGAAAAGUUAAAGAAAUCUGAGACAGCUGCUAGUUGCCGAUUGUUUGGUAUUGAACUGAUAAACCAUUCUGUGAGUUCUACUCCAGUGGAGAGGACACAUACACAACUUUCUAAUGUGACUGUUGGUACUACUGAAGGACAUGGUAUAAGUACUCUGUCACCCACUGAUUCUGACCAGAAGUCUGACAUUUCAAAAGAUUCUAAAGACAAGCAGGAGGAACAGUUACAGGUAUCAUCAAAAGAGAUCCAGAACAGGCAAAGUUCUAAUUCUACAAGAAGUCGUACUAAGGUUCAGAUGCAGGGGGUUGCUGUUGGUCGUGCUGUGGACUUGACCACGUUGGCAGGGUACGAUCUGCUUAUAGAUGAACUAGAGGAGAUGUUUGAUAUUAAGGGAGAGCUUCGCCCUAGGAAUAAGUGGGAGAUCGUCUACACUGAUGAUGAAGGGGAUAUGAUGCUCGUAGGUGAUGACCCAUGGCAGGAAUUUUGUAAUAUGGUAAGAAGAAUAUUUAUCUGUUCAAGCCAGGAUGUGAAAAAAAUGACCACAGGGACUGUAACUAGCUCAGAUUAAGCCUGAAAAGUAAAAUAAGAACCUUUUUAUUUUUAUUUUUCCCCAUUCUGUACCUGCUGUUCUUUUUUUUUUCUUUUGUUGUCGGUGGAAGCUUUUGUAUGACUUCUGAGCUAUGGAGGGUUGUUAGAGUCUAGGGACACUAAUCACUAGCUCGAUUUUUGGAGCUGCCUACCAUAGGAAGACAAAAAUACGUCACCUGGAUUUGAAGAA